AUGAAUUUGAAUCUUUGGUCAGCAACACCUAUUCACGAUGGAAUGAGGACACCUAUGUGUGACAGAGCAUGGAAUCCAUACGUACCCAUGAGUCCUGCCAGGGAAUCUUGGGAAGAUGGAAACCUUGGUUCUUGGGGAAGCAGUCCUCAGUAUCAACCGGGAAGCCCUCGUUCAAGAGCAUAUGAAGCACUAACUCCAGGUUCAAGAUGGGCCAAUAGUCCUUCUGGUGGAAGUUACAGUGAAGCUGGCACACCAAGGGAUAAUAUGGAUAGGGAUACUACCCCUGCCUCCUAUGGUAAUGCUCCAAGGCCUUACUUGCCAUCAAAACCUAGUGGACAGCCGCCCAUGACACCAAGCUCAACAUAUUUACGUGGUACACCAGGCGGCCAACCAAUGACUCCUGGUGUUGGUGGCUUGGAUAUGAUGUCACCUGUAGUAGGUGGGGAUAACGAUGGACCAUGGUUCCUACCAGACAUAUUGGCGAAUGUACGCCGAUCAGGUGAAGAUGUUGUUGUUGGUGUCAUCCGAGAAGUGCUUCUGCUGUUGGUGGGGAUGUCAUCACUGCCAGCCCAAACGAGAUGGAGGUGGUAG